CAAGGAAUUGGAAUUUCCCCCACGAUAAUUACGAAGCAGAGCCAGCCACCACGCACAGCUCCGCAAGUCCACAACUCCCUCUCCCUCUCUAGUCUCUCUCUCCUCCCCCUUCUCGAAGCACGCUGCCGCCGCCUCCUCUCCCCGCGCCGCGCGCCUCGCCGAGUUAGGGUUCCGGCGAGCUCGGGGCCUUUCUCCGGCGACGGCGCCCUCCUCCGGCCCGAGGGCUCGCUUCGCGAUCAAAUAGCAGCGAUGGAAAGGGACACAAGCUCUAGUGAUGUUUCUGCUUCUCAUGUAGGACGUGCCAGGCAGCGAAGACGUCCUACUGAGGCUACUGCAGAUGGGAAUAGAACCAAUGGACCAGCUUUGCUUGUCAAUGAUCAGAAUAAGUACAAGUCAAUGCUUAUCCGUACAUAUUCUACAGUAUGGAUGAUUGGAGGCUUUGUGUUGAUAGUUUAUAUGGGUCACCUCUAUAUCUGGGCCAUGGUGGUUGUUAUUCAAAUAUUCAUGGCCAAAGAGCUUUUUAACCUACUCAGAAAAUCCAGUGAAGAAAAACAACUACCAGGUUUCAGGCUACUGAAUUGGCACUUCUUUUUCACAGCAAUGUUGUUUACUUAUGGGCGUUUUCUUAGUCGACAGCUUGUUAACACAGUAACUUCAGAUCACUUAUUGUAUAAGGUUGUCAGUGGUCUCAUAAAGUAUCAGAUGUUCAUUUGCUAUUUUCUUUACAUUGCUGGAUUUGUCUGGUUUAUUUUGACUCUGAAGAAAAAGACAUACAAGUAUCAGUUCAAACAAUAUGCCUGGACGCACAUGAUCCUUUUAACGGUUUUUGCACAAUCUUCUUUUACCGUGGCAAAUAUAUUUGAAGGGAUGUUCUGGUUUCUGUUGCCUGCUUCUCUCAUUGUGAUUAACGACAUUGCUGCCUAUCUAUUUGGGUUCUUUCUUGGGAGAACACCUCUGAUCAAGUUAUCUCCAAAGAAAACUUGGGAAGGUUUUAUUGGUGCAUCUGUGACAACUAUCAUAUCUGCUUUUGUGUUAGCAAAUGUAAUGGGCCGUUUCCAAUGGUUGACAUGCCCAAGAAAAGACCUGUCGACAGGGUGGCUUCGUUGUGACCCUGGUCCUAUGUUUAAGCCAGAACAUUAUUCUUUGGGAGAAUGGGUGCCAAAGGGGUUCCCUUGGAAGGAAGUUGUUCUUUUGCCUGUGCAGUGGCAUGCUUUAGCACUAGGUUUGUUUGCAUCAAUAAUAGCACCUUUUGGAGGUUUCUUUGCAAGUGGCUUCAAGAGGGCCUUUAAAAUAAAGGAUUUUGGAGACAGCAUACCUGGGCAUGGUGGGAUUACUGACCGAAUGGAUUGUCAGAUGGUUAUGGCAGUUUUUGCAUACAUAUAUCACCAAUCAUUCAUAUCGCCCCAAAACUACUCUGUUGAGCUAAUCUUGGAACAGAUUCUAAGAAAUCUAACCUUUGAGGAGCAGAAAUUCUUAUAUCAGCAGCUUGGGGAAAUCUACCGUGAAAGGCAAUUAAUGCAGAGCUGAGAACUAGUUUGCUUAUGAUGAAGCAUACAGUAUGUUGUUUUUGAGCGCUCGGUUCCAUGUAUAGCAGCAUAGCUUCUCUGUACGGCGAUAGAGCAACGUCCCUUUCCAAACCAUUGUACAGAAUAGAGUGUGGAUGGGGUUUAGCGAUUUAGGUACUUGAUUCGCUCUCCACUUACGUUGCCUUCUCUGGCGAUCGGUUUAUCCUUUUACGCUAAUUCUCAUCAUUUCUGCCCUUGUAACAAGGGAACCGGAAAAGGUUGUAUUCGUGUAUAUCACUUCGUGUGUUGGCCUCACAUCAAAUAUGUGCAAGAUGCACAAGAUAACACAGGAAAUGAGGAAAAUUUAUUCCCCUUUUAAAAGAUAUUUUCGUGGUA